AAGUGCGAGGCCUCUGCUAAUUAACACACGGCCUCCACGCGUUCUCGGCGGUGACACUCACGGUUUUAAGUUCGACACCUCAAACAAACUAUUGGUGAAACUAUUCAUUAUGGUCAGGCACGUGGUCAUGUGUUCGCAGUCGCUCGAGUCACAGUUUUAACUAAAAAAAAACAAACACAUCUUGACUUGAUUUUCUUCGUUUUGGCCUUUUCUGGUACAAACUCUGGGACAGAGAGAAAAAAAGGAGGAAUGAACAAGAGCAAGGGGUUUUUUUCUUCCUCUUUGCGUCUCUUUCUCUCUGCAGACUGGCUUGUGUCCAGGUAAGUCCAGCCCCUUGGUCAUGAUGAAGGUGUGACGUGUUGCAACUUCCUUCUUGUGCAACAAAUCCAGAGGCUCCCGGGGGCUAUAAGACCCCCAACUUCAUCUGCUUUCUCAGAGCCUCCAAUCUGUUUUCUCCAAACACACACACACACACACACAGAGGCAUGAUCUGGUCCGGGAUACUCCGCUGUGUAGAUUUCACUUAGAGGGGUCGAGGAGCAAUUGUCAGGACAUGGACUUUAGCCAAAAGAAGCAGUGAAGGCGGCUCGACUGCUCCGACUUGACGCUCAUCAACUCCAGCUGACCUUGGAAAACUGAAAGGAGGGAAGUCAAAUUGUGUGACGCAAGGGUACAUCCAGUUCCAAAAUGGAAGUCCCAAAUGACAUCUCCGUUUUCAACUCCACGCCCUCCCCCUGUUUCACGACGGAGAUCUAUCUGAACUCUUCCUUUGCCCCCUCUGCCCCCCCCUGCACAGACUGGCCCCAUGUGCCCAUGACCACUGUCAUCCCCACCGUCUACAGCAUUAUCUGCGUGCUGGGAACCUUGGCCAACACCCUGGCAGUGUCCGUGUUGGCCCACGCCAGCGCGUCAAGGAGAACUGUUGCCAACACCUUCAUGCUGAACUUGUGUGUGUCGGACCUGCUCUUCCUGCUGUCCCUCCCGCUGUGGGCCGUCUACUACUCCCGGGGAUACAGCUGGCCCUUUGGCCGGGCGGCCUGCAAGAUCUGCGGGGCGCUCCACAACCUCAACCUCUACGCCUCCAUCUUCUUCAUCACGGCCAUGAGCAUGGACCGCUACCUGGCCAUCGUGCAUCCGCUCCGCUCCCAGAGCGCACGAGACCCCAAGCGCGCCCGGCUGACUUGCAUCCUGGUGUGGGUGCUGGCGUGUGCUUGCUCUGCGCCCACCUUCGCUCUGAGGGACACGCACUUCCUCCAGGGGCUCGGUGUGGAGGCCUGUGUGAUUUUCUAUCCUGAUCGCACAUGGUUUCUGACCCUGGUCUGGAUGAAGAUCCUCCUGGCCUUCCUCCUGCCGCUGCUCGUCAUCUCCUGUUGCUACUGCGCUAUCGGGAGACAUUUGUUGGCCGAUACCGGGCUGGUAAGAAUGCAGAAUCCCCAUUGGCAACCCCCCAACAUGCUCUCCUUUAAAUCACUGGAGUCCCAGGAGAGCAGUAAACCAGAGAGACCCCCGACCCCUUGUGUGAGCCCCAGCUACAGCGGGGGCAGGCCCCUGGAGGGCAGGGGGCUGGAGCGGGUUUUGUGGACAGUGGCCGCCGUGGUCCUGGCCUUCUUCUUCUGCUGGUUUCCCUUCCACUGCGUGGCCUUCAUGGACGUGCUGAAGAGCGAGGACUGGCUGGACGGCUGCUGGGUCACCUGGACCGUCCAAAACCUCACCCCUCUCACCCUCUGCCUGGGCUUCUCCAGCUCGGCCAUCAACCCCGUGCUCUAUUGCUUCAUUGGGAACCAUUUCCGGGGCCGUCUCGGGGGCCUCUGCAAGGGCCUGUGUGCUUGUCUGAAGGCCCGCGGGGAAGACCACAGGCAGAAGAGAGGCUCCUUCAGCACCAGGCUGAGCUCCUUCUCCCGAAAGCUCAGUGACCUAAAGGACCUGGCGAUUGUGGAGCCCACUGGUCCGGCCUAGUCGGCCCCCAGAGGAGAGAUUUUCUUUGCCCUCCACCGGCUUCACACCCCAAAGAACGAAUGUCAAAUGACUGCUGAACUCCAAUAAGCAUUGGCUGUGUGAGUCAGAGCUGGUACUGUAACUGACUGAGAGAAAUUCCAUCCGAGCUCAACCCUGCCCUACAAAGCAAGAAAGAAAAAAACUUCAGAGCAGAGGAUGUCGAGGAUGAUUGAAGGGGUCGAGCGGUUUGCGGCCACUUAUCAAAAACCAUGUAACAGAUGAAUCCUGAGUGUAAGAUGUCUUUUUCUUUGGACAGUUUUAAAGCAGCUGCAUGACAAUCUGAAAACAAUGUGGCGAUGAAAGCGCUCACUCAUAGUGAUGAAUUAUUCGCAGGAUCUGCAGCAGCUUCACAGUGCUUUAUAGAGUUUCAGCUCAUUGUUUAUCCGGCCCACCGCCAGAUUUACUGUUUAAUUCUCCCUGCUCUCAUGGCACCGUUUUCAGCUGUUUUCAGUGUAAAAAAAACCAACAAAAAAAACCCCCAGCCCUUAAACUCCACUUUGUGCUCAGCACCAAACGGCGCACAGAUUGUGUUAGCGACUCGCUGCCGAACCUAGUGGAGCAUUUAGCGGCCGGAUAUUUCCCUCAGGCGUCGGUAGAGGCCAAAGACGGAACCAGAAACAGAGAGCGUGAAUUGGACUCGCGCAAACACAGCUCCGACUGAAUGACAAUGUCGCUGCGCAAGUGCUGCAGCAACUUUGUGAACAAGUUGUCCAUACAGACCUAUGUUCAAAGAUGAUGAUGUGUCAAGUGUUGAGUUCGUAGCUUGUUGAAUCUGGGAAGAUGAAAUCAAAUUCAAAAAUUGAUGGGUAAAAGGAAAAAGAGCCGAGGUAGUUGUAGCCGCUCUGCUAAGCUGACGUUGGGCUGCCGUUUCCUUUCUUCGUCAUACCAUUAUCAUGUGAGAUCGUACACAUAUAUUAAUUGGGGUGAUCAAAAUUACAUUUCUCAAACAGAAAAAGAGUUUGAGAACGAAAGGUCACAUUUAGCACGUGGUCUGCCGUUGCCUUGGAAGCUACAGUAGCUUUUAGCUUAACACUGCCUCUUCUUUGUUUUGCAGUCUUGCGAACCUCACAUGCAUUAUACUUUUCCUUGGGAUGAUAAUAUUUGCCUGUGGUAAAACAGAUGCCAAAGAGACCGAACCUGCUCUUAACUCAGUUUUGACUAAGUGUGCAGUUGCUGCAUUCCAGCUUCAUAUAGAGGAGCGGGGCACGAGAUGAAUCCGAUGAAGACGUAUAGCGAUGAUUAUUAACCUGUCAUAAUGUUGCUUCAACUGUUUCCUUUUUCGCUGGGACCAAAAUAUUAUUAUAUGUGUAACCAUGCAACAUGUAACAUUUUUUUUGUAUUAUUCUUGGAAGAAACAAUUAAGAAAAGAAAAUCGCUGUUUAUUCCUUUGUCAGAUAUAGAGUCGGGGAAAAAUGCCAUUUCGUUUGUUUGACAUCCUCUAAUCUUAAAAUACGACGUGCACGCGCAUCGAUCGUGUGAAACCCGUUCCAAUAUCGCCUACAAUGUGAUGUUCCUUUUCCAAAUCUUACCCUCCAGCAGCUGUGACUGAGC